AUGAGGGAGAAAGACAUGCGAUUCUCAGAGACCACACCUCUGUUGGAGGUCAAUGUCGCUCCUCCGCGGCAUAGAUAUCCCCACCAUGCUGUUCGUCGAGCGUGUACUAUUUCCUUAGCAGCCCUGCUUUCUGUGGCGACAAUUCUAUUCUUCCUUCCCAUCGCCAUUCUGCCUCGAGAGCAUGGCUCCAUUUGGUCCUAUCUCCCUGGAGCUCACCCCAUCCCCCACGAUGCGUGGCCGGACAGUUAUGGACUGCCUUAUGACCAGCUACAGCAGAUCCUCCUCAAUGUGCCUUCCGCAGAAAAGGCCCGAGAGUGGAGCAAAUACUACACUGCCGGACCACAUUUGGGAGGAAAGAACCUGUCUCAGGCGCUCUGGACUAUGGAAAAAUGGAAGGAAUUUGGGGUGGAGGAUACCGGGCUCGCGGCAUAUGAUAUUUACAUCAACUACCCGCUCGAUCACCGCCUCGCCCUUUUGAAAACGUCUGGUGACAAGUCUGAAGUGACUUUCGAAGCUACACUCGAGGAGGAUGUUCUCGAAGAGGAUCCCACCUCCGGUUUAGCAGACCGUGUCCCAGUGUUCCAUGGCUAUUCUGCCAGCGGCAAUGUGACCGCACAGUAUGUGUAUGUCAAUUUUGGCACGUAUAGAGACUUUGAGGAUCUCGUCAAUGCCAAUAUCACCUUGGAGGGCAAGAUUGCCAUUGCUAAAUACGGUAUGAACUUCCGUGGUUUGAAGGUCAAGCGUGCACAGGAGCUUGGAAUGGUUGGCGUAGUUAUCUACAGUGAUCCGCAGGAAGAUGGUGAAAUUACCGAGGAAAAUGGCUAUGAAGCCUAUCCUAAUGGACCGGCACGGAAUCCCAGUGCUAUCCAGAGAGGUAGCACUCAAUUCCUCAGCAUCCUUCCUGGUGAUCCCACAACCCCGGGAUACGCAUCUAAACCUGGGUGCGAACGACAAGAUCCGCACAACUCCAUCCCUUCAAUUCCAUCUUUGCCUGUCUCAUACAAGGAGGCUCUCCCAUUCUUGAAGGCGCUUAAUGGUCACGGCCCCAAAGCGUCGGAGUUUAACGAGUUUUGGCAGGGAGGUGGCCUCGGCUAUAAGGGUGUGGAGUACAAUAUCGGACCAUCCCCCGAGGAUGUGGUGAUUAACCUCCACAACCUCCAGGAGUAUGUGACCACCCCACUGUGGAAUGUCAUCGGUACCAUCAAAGGUCAUAUCCCCGAUGAAGUCGUUAUUCUCGGUAACCACCGUGACGCAUGGAUUGCGGGUGGUGCAGGAGAUCCUAACAGUGGAUCCGCUGCUUUGAAUGAAGUCGUCCGCAGCUUCGGCGAGGCCCUCAAGGCUGGAUGGAAGCCAUUGCGCACUGUUGUCUUUGCCAGCUGGGACGGUGAAGAGUACGGUCUUCUUGGCUCCACCGAGUGGGUGGAAGAAUACCUCCCAUGGCUCUCCAAGGCCAACAUCGCCUAUCUCAAUGUCGAUGUGGCUGCAGCAGGCACCAACUUCGAACCUCGAGCCAGUCCCUUGCUGAACAAGGUCAUCCACGACGUCACCGCUCUGGUGCAGUCGCCUAACCAGACCGUGCGGGGCCAGACAAUCCGCGAUGUUUGGAAUGGCAAGAUUGCGACGAUGGGCAGCGGUAGUGACUUUACUGCCUUCCAAGAUUUCGCCGGUGUCGCCAGUCUUGACUUUGGCUUUGGUCGUGGUAAAAAUGAUCCGGUCUACCACUACCACUCAAAUUACGACAGCUUUGCAUGGAUGGAAAAGUACGGUGACAAGGACUUCCUCUACCACCAAGCUUGCACAAAGCUCUGGGCUUUAGCAGCGGCACAAUUGGUGGAGUCCCCCAUCCUUGCGCUUAACGCCACCGAUUAUUCUCUUGGCCUUGGAUCCUACCUGGACCACAUCAAGCCUGCGGCGGACAAUCUUCCGGAGAAGACCCACUUCGAUUUCGCACCUCUGGAUAGUGCCAUUCUUGAAUUCCAGGAAUCAGCAAAGGCUUUCGAUGCCCGUGCUGCCGAUCUGAAGUCUCACCUCGGUGAUGACGUACCUUGGUACCACUGGUGGAAGAAGGUGAGACUUUGGUUCCAGAUUCGCGUUGUCAAUGCGAAGUACAAGGGCAUUGAGCGGGCUUUCUUGUAUCAGCCCGGUCUGGAUGGCCGUGAAUGGUUCAAACACGUCGUCUUCGCCCCAGGCAUUUGGACUGGUUACUCGGGAGCCACCUAUCCUGGACUAGUGGAGAGUCUUGAGGCCGGAGACGUGGAGAAUGCCGAGAAAUGGAGCUCCAUCAUCCAGGAACGCAUUGGUGCUGCGACCAAGUUGCUGCAAUAA